GUUGUGGUCCUUCCAUGAUUUUCCGGGGCCAAUCUAUCCUAUACUAAAAGGGAUAUAUGAGGAGUAGGGAGGCUGUUCACGUCCUCAAUUAAAUCAACCAAUGAGGAGUUUCUGUUUUGCCACAUCAGCCGGGCCUCACAAUUGUUUUUUUAAUUCGCCCAAUUAGACCCAAAACCCACAAAAAAACACGGGAUGAAGCUUAGCUUCACCUCUACCAGUUCGUCUUCUCCAAUUGAAGAGCAAAGAAACCGAGUAGUAAUCAAGCCAUUUCUACACAAUCAAUACGUUCUUAAUGAUUUCGUUCCAUCUCCCUCUUUUUUUCCUUCUUUGGAUUUGUCCGAUCGAUUAGAUCUUCGUAAUUAGAUCUGAAAUUCGCAAGCUUUAGGUCAACUGGUUUCGUCUCUGUGCAGUUCAAGGAGCUAGCUCAGGCUUAUGAAGUUCUCAGCGAUCCGGAGAAGCGUGAGAUCUAUGAUCAGUACGGUGAGGAUGCACUCAAGGAAGGAAUGGGUGGUGGAGACGGUGGUCAUGACCCCUCUGAUAUCUUCUCCUCUUUAUUUGGUGGUGGUGGUGGACACCCUUUCGAAGGUAGCAACAGCCGUGGAAGGAGGCAGAGGCGUGGUGAAGAUGUUGUUCACCCUCUGAAGGUUUCCCUUGAGGAUUUUUAUCUCGGGACAACGAAGAAGCUCUCGCUUUCUAGGAAGGCUUUGUGCUCGAACUGUAACGGAAAGGGUUCGAUGUCUGGAGCUUCGAUGACUUGCGGUGGAUGCCAGGGAUCUGGAAUGAAGGUUUCCGCAGAACGAUGAAAACAUUGCCAAGUCUAAGUCUGAUGCUUUUGAUCUGUGUAUGCUCAUAAAAGUUGUUUCUUUCUUUCUUUCUUCGGACGACUUAUUUGCUUAAAGUUCUUUUUUUUUGUAGGUAAUGAGGGAUCUUUGAUGGUGUUAUAGUGUACUGGGAGCUCAGUUGAUCAUAUGAGUUGCGUUGGAGAUCUUGCAUGACGCCUUCAGGAAACCAAAGCAAUUCCAGAAGUUGGAUUAGCAUUAAAGAGGGUAAGAGUUUGUAUGUGAGGAAAUUGCAAGAAGUAUGAUGAUUUGUGUUGUUGGAUGACUCUCAUAAGGCAAUGACAAGCAUGAAAAGAUCUGAUUGACUUGCAAAUGCAUGGGAAAGUAUCAAGAUGGUCCAAACGUUAGAGUCGUGAAUGACACUGAUAAUGUGAUGACUGAUUCAGUUAGAGAACAGCUUCCAAAGACUGUUUGUGCAGUAUGUGGAAACAACUGUUACAAGUUUCUUUUGCUAAAGAAUAUUGUAGAGAAGGUCUUGAGAUCUUUGCUAAAGACUGUCAUAGAGAGUCGUGAGUAUGUCUCAUAUUGAAAGUCUUAAAAAUGAUCAAAUUGAAAUAUGCAUAAUGUGGUAUUCUCUCAUUGUAAACAUGUCUUCGUGUGCAUUUUAGAAUGGAAUAUUAAUUAAAAAAGGCAACUUUAUUAGUUAAGGUAUACAUAUUUUAUGUA